CUCUGAUCAGUGGGAGUGGUCCUAAAGUAAAUCUGUGCUCGUCCGCCUGGCCACACUAGACAUUUUCUGAAAGUUUACAUGACUGACCGCUUCCCACGCGCUCCUGGAUUAGCCUACACCCGGCCAUUCUCCAUUCAUAUCUAACCUUUGACCUAUCAAGGCUGGAUUUGUGUGGUCACCCUUCUGGAGCAGAACCACUGUCACCACAGUCACAGCCGUGCUGCCAUUGGACACUGCUCUCACUGCCCAAGCACCUAGACACCGGCCAGUGCUUCUUUGAGACUCCCGCAGAUUGCUGACUUUGAGAUGGAGAGCAGCAACAUGUCGCGUUUACCUCUACUUCUACUCUGCCUUGCCAUCGCCACUUCAGCAUCCCAGCAGACCUGUGAGCCAGUGGCGGUCCCUGAAAACCAGAAUGCCUGGAUCAGGUUGAGAGAGAUGCUUCCAGGCUGCUGGACCAACUAUACCACUCAGGACAGCAAAGAAGUUCACAUCCUCAGCCUGCAUUACACUACUGAGGCUCCCAACAUGUUUACACUGAAUAUGACCGCUGCCCAGCCAAUGCACCUCAUCAUCACCACAGACUCAAAGCAGAUCAUAUACACUGAGGCCCAUGCUAACACGGAUGUCAGCAUUUACGUGGCAAAUGACUCCAAUAUGCAAAUCAUGGGUACAAUUGUGAACGUCCAGAAAAAAGCCUUUCCCACAGACAAUAAAGAUAUAGUGAGGUGGGCCGCCGAGAAGUUUGGUGGGGUGACGUCCUUCACCACCAUCCAGAACCCGAUGAGCAUCGCUUCCACAGGGAGAGAGGGAACAAGACUCCUUCCAACUGGCUCCAACAACUGUACUCUUGAAAACGAAUGGCAUGCGCUCAAGCACUAUCUGAAGUUAGAAUCAAACAUGCGUUUGCUCAAAUCCUGCUCGAACCAGCUUCCCCACAGCCACACUGAGAAAGAACUGUACAUCGUCAACAUCCCUGAGGAUGUCAGCAUUCGCCUUGUCUCUGUGCACGUCAUCAGUGAGAGGCAGAUCAGUCUGUUCCUAAGAGGACCUCAGGGUACCGUGUGGAGCAUCCAUGACCCAAAGCACACCAGCUUCAGUUCCAACAACGUGAUCCUGCUUGCUGCCACCAGCAUGAUGCAUAAGAUCCCUCCCACUAUCACCAUCUCCACAGACAGUGCUGCUGCUGUACAGAAGACGGCCUUGGACCAUUUCCGAGCCAGUACCAUCACCAGCUACUCUGAGAUCCGAACCGAGGGCACCAUGGUCACACUGGUCCUAGGGAAUAAGGACCACACUUCAGUCACAGAGGCUGCACCAACCGAGACAACUCCAUCGCCCCCCAGCCCGCCUCAGAUGCCUCUACUCAUGCAACUGUACACCUCUCCAGACUACCGCUCCCCUCUGGACCCCAACACCAAGGUGCAGAGCGACAAGAGGAUCUACGCAGAGAUCUCAGGGCGGACACUGGGGGAGAUUGUCCUGACCAUCAAGGUGAUUAACUGCUCGGUGCGCUCCAAGGGUUCUUGCCCGGUGGUGAGGGACAUGCCAUUCAGGCCAGAGGUAUGCUCCUCCACCGUGUGCCCCAACAGUACCAGGGUUAGCUUCUCCUUAGAGCUGCUCCAAGACCUGGCCUCCACUAGCUGGGACCUGGAGUGCUCCGUCAAACUCUGCUUCAGCGAGAAAUGUGGAGAUGGAGGAAGAGUGAAGAGGAACUUGGAGGUCACCCAGACAUACAUCCCGCCACCAAUGGCGUGUAUUGACUUUGGUCUGUCAGCCGUGCUGGGCAUUGCCUUUGGAGGUUUCCUGAUCGGAGUUCUGCUCAUUGGAGCUCUUUGGGUCAUCAAGAUCCGCACAGGAUACCCCACCGGACUGGAUGUAGGGUCGACUACUGCAAACCUCUCGAAAUGUCCUUGCUCUCUGACCAGCAAACGGCAACCUGUCUCCAACAACCCCUCCCCCUCUGAGAACAGUAGUGCCAACGCCAGCAUUGGCAGCACUCAGAGCACGCCAACAAGCAGCAUGGCAUGACACCAUCACCACCACCGUCUCCCCUCUCCGUCACACUGAGGGGGGCUCCAUGCUAUUUGGUCGCUCUUUCACAAUGCUUAAGAAAGCAUUACCCCCUCUCUUUAGUCACACCACAUCACGCAUCCUUUCUCACCAACCUGAGGGGGGUUAGGUCGGGUGGGGGGUGGGGGGGGGCAGCUGUAGUCUAGUCUAGGCUCCUAACACCCUCCUCUCCGGCCUCCCAGCAAACGAUCCAGACUGGAAGUCAGAGAGGGUGGAAAAAAAAGGCCCUGGCUCCCAGCAACAGGAAAAACAAAGCAUAUCCCCAAGAACUAACAGGAAAUUCACUGCAUUCUUUUCAAUGAAUUGUGCCUCUCUGUUGGCGGCACAAUAAGAAUCAGUCGGGGGGGG